AAAUUGACAUUUUACUAAACAUGGCUGCCACAAGUGACAGCCGAGAACUUUUUAACAGUCUGUCAUCAAAAAUCACUCAAUUAUCAUACGGACGCUCCAAAAACGACCGCAGUGUUAUAAACGCAAUUCUAGACGAACUAAAUUCUUUCAAUUACAAAUAUCCAAUCGUAACAAGCCCGACUAAAGCUGUCCUUUUGGUCAAUCAGUGUUGUUCGUUAAUACCCCCUGAAGACGAGGAACUCGUCCUGAAAUGUUGCCAGUUAAUUACAAAUUUAAUUACACGCCAAAAGGUGGUUAUAGACGGGCGUACUCUUACCGUGGCAGUUGUGUGGUGCUUGCAAGCUUUAAAAGAUCAAGAUUGGAUUGCAGAUCUCCUUGUUGCGUUAGAUGCCUUAUUGCGUGCAAAUACCGGACAUGAAUUAAUUACUGAAAUUGUGAAAAACAAUACUCUAAUAAGCUUAGCAAACAAUCAACAAAAACCAGAAUUGGCUUUUUUUGCCUUACAGUGCCUGGAAGCUUGCACAAUACCUCCCGAAGAUACUAAAAUCUUGACGGAGGACGAGUUUAAAUAUGAGUUCCAAAUUAGUUUUGAAAUUUUCUUAAAACACACGGUCACAAAUAAUUUCAAUUUAGAUAAACUGAUAAGUAAGAAAAUUUACAUUGUAUGUUUGAGAGGUUUGCAAAAUAUUAUCAGGAUAAAACCUAAUUUACUCUCUGAUAACUUGGGGAUAAUCCUGGGGGUUGUAAAAUCCUACAUGUUACUUGGAAUCGCAGGGAUAGAAUUUGUGAAGCCUCAAAAAUUGUUACCUUCGCCUUUAAGUAUCCCUGAGAGUAGUACAAAUGAGGCGAGAGGAAAGGGAGGAAAGAUGACUAAGCAAAGAAAGCCGAAAACACAACCCACUAUUAUGAAAACACGAAAAUCAGAAAAGUGGGAAGAUGACACCGGGGGUUACACUCCUGCUGUUACUGACGAAACAAUGGCCAAUUUCGGUAAUGGUGUCAAAACAAGCGAUUCCGAUUUUUCGGACACAGAGGGUGGAAAUCUCGCAAAACUAAAUGUGAUGAAUGGGAGGGUACGUCAGGCCGCUCUUGGUUUAUUUUUGCAUAGUAUUAAGCUAACUCACAAGACUGUGAUUUUCUCAUACUGGUCAAGUUUUAUCCCUGAAAAUCCGCUUUCAUCUAAACAUAAUUUAAUGACUUGCAUACUUAAAGAAACGUCCAAUAGGGGGAGCAUGGGGGCUUUGAACGCUCUACUAGUCCUACUUUCGUUGUCCAAAGUUUACUUAGCACAAGCGGAAAAAGGCGAAAAUCUCGCCUUUACACCAUUCUCCGUCGUCCUAGGACUCACAAUCAAGGAAUUGCAUAAAUGUCUAAGUCUGGCAUUAAGCGCACAUUCAAUUCCUGUGUUAACAAUGGUUUUGAAAUGUUUUGCGGCUCUGGUCCAAGCGACACCUUAUCAUCGACUAGCCCCCGGUUUAAUCACAAAAGUGAUAAGAAACGUCAAACCUUUCAUUUAUCACAAAGACUCAACAGUGCAAGUGGCGGCUUUGAUAGUACUAGGAUGUGUGUUAGCCUCAGAACCGAUAAUUCCCGAAUGCAGAGAAGCUUUCCUCAAGAGUACGAAAAAUUCUGAAUGUUCUGAUUCGGACACUCCGUGGCUCCUCCACCGAUGUCUUGUCAAUUUGGGAGUGGAUACUGACCAGAAUAGUGUCCCCACUCCUGUCAAACUCGAAUCGCUUCAAAUCAUCUCAAUUAUAAGUCGCAACUAUUUUGAGGAUUUAGUUGCGCCGUAUUUAAACCACGUGACUAGAGCACUCGACUUGUCAUUGGCUAGCAAGUACACAGAUGUGCAGUUGCAUGCAGGUCGCGCUGUUGAUUUCAUUGGCCAAGCAAUGAAUCGUUGUUCUGCAAUGAUUCUACCUGAGGAAUAUCUCCUUUUCUGGCAAACUCUACUCAAAGGGUCACUCACGGCACUUUUUCAAUGCGAACAGCCAGUUUUGCGGGCUAUAGGUUGCGAUUGUUUGGGCAGUAUAGGGGCGGAGACUUUCGAGCAACUCCCCCGCGACAAGCAAAUUUUAUGUGUGACUCUCCUCUUUGCCAGUAGUCGCGAUGAGGAAAACACUGUAAAGGGGGCUGCGGUCAGGGCUUUGGCAAUUUCUGUCCUUUAUCCGAGUUUGAGAGAGGAUUCGGGGUUUGUGGUGGAUACCGCGGAACGGAUAUACAGUGUGUUGGGGGAUGAGAAUUUCGCGGUUAGGGUAAAGUGUUCGUGGGCGUUGGGAAAUCUGAGCGAUGCUUUAGUUUUAAACAAGACAUCGGCGCAUCUCAUGGAAGAAUUUCCGAAAAAUUUGAUUCUGAAAUUGUUGAAAGAGACGAUUAAAGCAUCAAAUGAUGGGGAUAAAAUUAAAAUGAAUACGGUGCGAGCCUUGGGGAAUCUUUUACAAUUAAUUGAUGAAAAUUUGAUUGAGGAAGGGCAAUUUAGGGAUGCUGUGCAAGAGGGAAUAGACAUUCUCGUGAAAAAUUGCACCUCAGGGUCAAAUAUGAAGGUACGAUGGAAUUCAUGUUACGCCAUCGGAAACGCAAUGAAAAAUUCAUCUAUUUUCUCGUUAGAAAACAACUGGCAGGAAAAGAUUUUCCAUUCAUUGUCUGACUUGGUUGUGAAUUUCCGUAAUUUUAAAGUACGGAUUAAUGCAGCACUGGCACUCUCGUCGCCCCACAAAAGAGAGUUUUAUGGACAGUUCUACCAACCCGUUUGGAUUUCACUUAUGAAAGGUUUGGAAACGUCGGAAAACGUUGCAGAUUUUAAUGAAUAUAAACACCGCGACAAUUUAGUGGAACAAAUCUGUUUAACAUUAGGUCAUUUGAUGACGCUACUAACAAAAGAAGAUUUAACAUAUAUUAAAGAUAGUGUUAAUUCAGGUUAUUUAAAAAUUCAAAUGAAGAGAGUUUGGGAAAAAUUAUUACCUGAAAAAUCCACUGUGUUAUAUGAUGCACAAACAUACGUCACCAACUUAAAAAGCAAUGCUGAACUUAAUACGGAACAAAAAAAUAUACUCGACAGUCUAAACAAUAUUUUAAUACAAGAUUUUUAAGAUAAUUUUUACAGAAAUAUAUUAUUGUCUUAU